UUAUCGGCAUUCUUUUUAAGGGGGGCUUGCACGGAAAAGGAAGGAAGUUCACGGACUCCAACACGCAACACGCAACAACCGAGACAAAAGAUCCUCAUCGGCUGUUGCUAGCAAUUGUUGCCGGAGAAGCACCUUCAUCAUGGAUUGCCAUUCCAAUUUUCAUGCGUUGCCGACAGGCAUUGCUGAGAGAUCUUCGUUUCCACCUGGAUCUUCGUGCCUGUAUGCUGGCCGACCAAAAGGAGACCAAGACACCAUCGAACGAGGAAUCGUGCAAGAGGUGGGCUUGAAUUUGGCAGCAUCAACAGCAUCACAAGAGGACAGAGGCUUCUUGUACAAGAUGGUAGGAGGCAAUGAUGUGUCAUUCUGCCAGGAAGAAGAGCUGCUGUACGCUCCUCGCACCCUUGUGUGGAUCGCGGCAGGAAAUGGGCAACAGUAUGAGGGCAUUGUGUUGGGAUCGUCGGUGGAAGAUCCAUCUUCUGCCGACAAAACUCGUGUGAAAUACAAUGUGCAGGUCACAAGGGGUGCCGUGACUACCGUCUAUGCCAAUGUAUCUCCUCAAGACAUUUCCUACCGAGCCACUUCUGCCAAUUCCAAAACUUCCUCUACUGGUACUGCUAACGCUAGCAGAGAAGAGGAGAAAAAGGUUGAGGUUUCAGAUCCCGUGAAGGCGAUCUAUCCCAAGUUGGAACCCAAGGUCCACAUGGCGCCCAAACUGGAACUGCUUGAAAAGACGGAACCAAAAUUGGAAACAGAGCAUGAAUCAGCUGAACCAACUACACCCCAAGAAUCUGGACAAAGCGACGUUUGUCCCGCUACUGACUCGGCAAACAAGGAAUCAUCACACUGUGACCAGCAUGAUCAAGGGGUUCCCAAUUCUGAUGCGAAGGAGCCACUGGUGCAACGCUAUCAUCAUGAACGCUCUCCAUGGCAGGAACACAGUCAUCAUCCUCGUGGCGAACAUGGAGCAAUGGAACCGCACACGUUGGUCUACAAUCGGCAACCCAACCCAUUCCACACGAUUCAUCGCUGUGCGGAAAAUCGCAUUGCCGAUGCCAAGACGUGCCUGUGGAACUUUUACAAUGGGCCUUUUCCCUUGUUUGGAUUCUGCGUCUAUUUUCACCUAAAGGGGCGCUGCAUGCAGGGGCGCCACUGCCAUCGAGCGUCCAGUCACCGCGCCUUGACAAUGGAGGAAGCUCGUCAACUGGAACAUGUGCUGGCGCCUGCUGUUCAUCCACAAGGGCCCAUUUACUCAAGGGAGCAUCAUCAUCCACUCAUGUUGUCCCCUAAUGAUUUUGGUCGAAGCAGGAACUACUCAAGGGAACAUCAUCAAACCAUGUUGGAGGCAAAGGAAAACCUCAAUGAUGCUGGUAGUAGAAGCAGGAACGAAAAAACGAGGCGCAGCUCUUAUGAGGAGAGAAAUGUAAAUGACAAAGAUACUGCAUCAUCUCUUGCCAAGAAGAGGCGUUCCCACAACAACGAAAUCGACUACCGGUACAGCGAUGGAGCGGAGGAGGGGAGGAACAAGCAGCAACGAUUGAGUGACACGAACAAACACUCAAUGACUGACACCCACAAGGCAAUCAAAUGGACACCGCCGUCAAAAACCACGGUGGAUCAACCUUGGGAUCACUCUUGUUGCGAACCGCCACAACAGCAGCAAGUGGAUGAAACCAUUCUGAUGACUCUACCUGCCUAUGCAUUUGGUGUGGAUUUCUUUGUGCAAAAUAUCAUCGGAGCUGGAGGCGCAACAGCGAAACGACUUGGUAACCGUUUUGAAUGCACUGUUGAUCUUCACGGCGAAGCAUUGGAGCACAGAUCAAAGCAUUCCAUGAUGCAGAAGAGUUCAGUAUUGUACGUCAAAGUGACGGGGAAGAAACCAGAUCGGUUGUUGGAUUGUAGAAGGUUGAUGGAAAAACUUCUUGUCCGGGCAGUGGCACCAGAACUUCGUUCAUUUCUCCUAUUCCGGCUGGCCAGCCUCAACCGGCGUGACACAGGCAAUCAAGCAAUCCUUCACACAAGAGGUCAACAAAAGGUUUACCGCAUCGACAACCUUGCUAGCCUUCUUGAAGGAGCAGUGGACAGCGAACAAAAGCAUCUCACGGUUGUCAAUGCGGGGCCAGUUGCUGAUCCACAGGGCAGGUUCAUACCCUUGCAACCAGUGAAACGCAAUCUCGAGUUUCUUCGAAACUCUCACCGUUCCUGUGUGGUUGAGGUCUUUGAAAAAAGUGAAGCAUGCCCAAACAUUGUUUAUCCUUUCCUUACUAUUUAUGGUUCUACACAUGAAGCCGUGGUGGCAUGUCGGGCUGCCAUGAGACAGGUUGCACUUUCCUAAUGCACUUCACAACGACAAGCGUUAGGAAGGUCUGCACAACGCCUCUGGACUUGAUAGGCGUUUUGUGUACAACAGAAACUCUUCAUCUUGCAGUAAUGCUUUCGCGUCUACAAUUGGUUUCCUGGGUUCCAUUCGUUGUGCUUCGAUGUGUAAUACUUGAUUUCGUUUGCAGCUUCCCACAAUUGGA